AUGAAAUCCAUCAACCUUUUCCUUGUGACAUUGCUAAUUAUGGCUUUGGCCAUUGCACUAUCAUCAUCAAUAUCUUCUGCAAUGGAAGAACCAAACUCUAAUAUUCAAGGAACAAGUCACUUCAUCCUUUCCCGAAAACAAAACAGAAUCUCUCUAACAUGUGAUAAAUACCCCAAGAUUUGUCAUGUCAAAGGUAGUGCAGGCUCAGAUUGCUGCAAUAACCGAUGUGUCAAUUUUACCAUAGACAUGCUUAAUUGUGGGAGGUGUGGAAAGAAAUGUAGCUUUCCAAAGAUAUGCUGUGAAGGUAAGUGCGUGAAUCCUAGGAGUAACGAGAAGCAUUGUGGGAAAUGUGGUAACAAAUGUGACAAUAGAGGCUCUUGUGUUUAUGGAAUGUGCAGUUAUGCCUAG